AAAAUAAUUGGAAGUUUAUUAAAAAAUGUCAAUGCGGGAAACUUCCACACAUCGUAAAGCCAAUUCACUUACUCAUAAAUUCACAACUCACACAUAUCCAUAUCAUAUCAUCCCAUCCCUUUUGCCCCCUUUUCCUCUAUUAAGUCUUGACGACUCUUCUUCCAUCUUAACCUCGACUGGCGACAUCAUUCUUGCAGGCACGAGUUAAAGUAUUGCUUUGCUAUUCCUUAUAACCUUGACUUGAAAUAAAUAACAAGCAAGACCUGGAUUUAUAUUUCCCUGUCAUAUUUCCGUCCUACCGCUACCCAACCAGCGAACGAACGUAGUGGUCCUGUUAAGAGCCAUCAUGUCUAACCUAUUUUCUGGGAUAAACGCUCGAUUGAGAGGGACUUCGAACAAGGUCCCAGGCCAGAAUAAGAGCCCCGUUUCAACCAGCAGCAGCCAUCCUCACUCUCCCAUCGACUUUCCCCAAGGCCACCACCAGCAAUCCUCAAACUCUGCACCAAAGAUACCUCCUCUUCCAAGCUCACCAUCUUUAGCUCAUAAUAUAGGCAUGGAUGACUCUAAUGCUAGUGGUGACGACAUCAUCAAUGCCUACCACUUGCCUCGGCCUCUACCACUAUGGCUCAAUGCGCAAUACGGGAAACAUAUUGUGAAGGGAAAUUUCAUGACCUUGAGCGCGCGGCCUAAGACCGUCGAGCAAGGAGAAUGGAUUGCGCACCAAGUUGUCGAACAUUACCGCAACCUGUGGAAUUUCGUACGAGUAAUCCACGAGAAGGAAGAAGACGGAACCACGAUCUGUAAUCCUCAAACUUGUCCUCGAAUGUCGGCUGGGGCGAACCACUCAUUUACGUGGCUUAACAACAAGCGCGAGCCAGUCGAGGUGCCAGCUUACGAGUAUAUCACAUUGAUGCAGCGUUGGAUUUCCGGAAAGAUCGAUGACACAGAAAUCUUCCCCACUGACACAAAUGGUGUCUCGUUUGCGCAUAACCCGGCUAUUACCACCACACCACUUUCGCAAUUAUCGAAUCCUGGAGAGAAGGAAUGGGUUGGUAGUCGAAGCGGUUUCCAAGAAAGCUUUGUAGAAGUUUGCCAGAUGAUCUUCCGACAAAUGUUCCGUGUAUACGCUCACCUGUAUUGGGCGCAUUUUAUCGAUCCGUUCUACCACCUAAACCUCGAGAAGCAACUGAACAGUUGCUUCAGCCACUUUGUGUUGACGGCCUGUGCGCUGGACAUGCUCGGACCGCAGGAGCUUGAACCAAUGCAGCCACUGAUUGACCUUUGGGCGAGCAAUGGUACCUUCCCGCCCGGCUCGAAAGCGUACGAAUAUGCGAACCACAAGGCUGGUGAUCGAUUAUUGCAACUUGCGAACGUCGCUUAGAGAGCGCCUGGCCACUCUACAUCACGACGAUGAAAAAAAAAUCAAAAUUUUCAUCAAGGUCACGUAGUGAAUAUGGCCAAGUAUACGUCCAAGUUCGAAUAUAGAUCAUUAUAUCCAACCAGCAUGAUACCAAGUUUUUCAAUGAAGAGAAAGAAGAACCCGGGAUCUUAUACGGUUACUUGCAUCAUGGAAAAAAGCAUAGUCAGGGGCGGGGGCGGAAGCUGGCGAAGAAAGGCGUUCAUCAUAUUUGGAAAACCGUCAUGAUGCAUAGGGGAGGCAAAGUGUGCAUGAGUUCAUCGGCUGCGUUCGUAUGAAACGACGUGCCGGGGGUUUCCUAUGAUAUUCAAAGUCAAACUGAACUCGCAAGUUUCGUAUUCUGUAGAUCUAUCCCAUGGUGUACCACUGGAGAAUAAGACGAAAUCAUCAGUCGAGCUAUGAACGUUUCCAAUGAUCUUGCUAUCUAUAUCUAUAUAUUUAGAAACCCUCUUCAAGCGAGUUGGUGAUACACCGGUAGGUCUAUAUUAACGUAACGGUGGUCUUUGAAUGAGAGAGUGACUUUGCGAG